AUACUCUGCGUCUCGGAAAGACAUGAUGUUGACCAGGCUGAAAGCAAAAUCAGAGAGGAAGCUCGCAAAACAGAUAUGCAAAGUUGUGUUGGAUCACUUUGAAAAGCAAUAUUCCAGAGAACUUGGAGAUGCCUGGAAUACAGUGAGGGAUAUACUGACAUCUCCAUCAUGCUGGCAAUAUGCUGUCCUUCUUAACCGAUUCAAUUAUUCUUUUGAACUGGAAAAGGAUUUACACUUAAAGGGCUAUCACCCACUAUUUCAAGAAUCUUUUCCCUACUGUCCUAAGUCUGUAAAAUGCUACCUUACCAGAACUCCUAGACGAAUGUCUUCAGAAAGACACCAAGUUGGAAAUUUAAAAAGAUACUAUCUGCUGAAUGCUGCCUCUCUUCUUCCGGUACUGGCUCUGGAGUUAAGGGAUGGAGAGAAAGUUCUGGAUAUGUGCGCUGCUCCUGGAGGCAAAUCCAUAGCUCUGCUGCAGUGUGCUUAUCCAGGUUACUUUCAUUGUAAUGAAUAUGAUAGCCUGCGGUUCCAGUGGCUGCAACAGACAUUAGAAUCUUUCAUCCCACAUCCUUUGGUAAAUGCAAUUCAAGUGUCUGAACUGGAUGGCAGAGAACUGGGAAAUGCCCAGCCUGAGACUUUUGACAAGGUGUUAGUUGAUGCUCCGUGUUCAAAUGACCGAAGUUGGUUAUUUUCUUCUGAUCCUCAGAGGGCAGCCUGGAGGAUUGAGCAAAGAAGGAAUUUGCCUGUUUUACAGAGAGAGCUCUUAAGGUCUGCAAUUAAGGCCUUACGUCCUGGAGGGUUACUUGUGUAUUCUACAUGCACACUUUCCAAGGCAGAAAAUCAAGAUGUGAUCAAUGAAAUUUUAAACUCCUACAAUAACAUCGUGCCUGUGGACAUUCAGGAAAUAGCAAGGACUUGCUCCCAAGACUUCACAUUUGCUCCCACUGCCCAGGAAUAUGGACUCUUGGUGAUUCCAGACAAGGGCAAAGCCUGGGGCCCAAUGUAUGUAGCCAAAUUGCAAAAAUCAUGGACUACGUGAAAUUGGUAACAUGCAUUUUGUAAACCAUGUCAUCGUAUUAUUAAAUUUAUUUUCAAGGCUCUCUCUAGUUUAAGAUUUAAAUAACUAUGGAGGCCCUUGCCCUGAGCCUUUUGCAACCUUCCUUAAUGAAUACGCUACCAUGUUGGAAUGUGGACUUGAAAAUUUUCCAGGUGAAAUUUUUUUUUGAGAAAAAUAUAGCAAUGAUUUAAGGUGGUACAGAUGGUGUUUGUUCUGUAUAAUAAAUCUGCUGUC